GUGACAUGGGGGUAAACAUUGAACAACUGACUAAAAAACAAAAGCAGAAUUUUAAAAACCUUAGAAAACAAAUGAGUGAACAAGAUAACAAAGUAAUGGAGCUGAAUAAAGUAAUUGAAAGUUUAAAAAAAACAGAAACCAAGUCAAACAAAACACAAGAGAAAUUCUCCCUAGAUAUGAAAGAAUAUGAAAACAAAUUCCACAAAAUAAAUAAAGAUAUGCAAGAGCACACAGAUAAAACUCACAGUAUCACACAAGAAAUUAAAAGACUUUCUGAUCAAAUGGCUGCCUUACAAAAAGAGAGUUCUAAAAAUAUGCUGAAUACAUCAACUCAAUUAGAAAAGCACAGUGUGAUAUACAAACUCCUACAACAGAGAUUAAUGCCCCUUGACAAAAUGAUUCAAAUUUUUAACCAGAACUUGGAAACUAGGGAAGAAAGAAAAACGAGGGUGGAAAAUAUUGAAGAUGCCAUUUCAAAAUUGUCAAAAGAUUUGAAUCUAAUAGAGUCACGUGUAUGUAACAGAUAUGCUUGUCAGGUACAGCUUGCUCAACCCAAACCUGUCAGUGUUGGAUUAAUUAUGUCAAACUUUGAUGAAGUUCGUGAAUAUAACGGUCAACAUUUUAAUCAAACAACAGGAACAUUUGUAUCACCACAUGAUGGUUUAUAUCUUGUCUGUGUGACUCUAAAUGAAAGUGAAGGUAAACAGAUUAUAGUUGGUGUUUGGGCUGGAGACGAGUGGUUUACGUCUAUAGAAGUGAAAUGUGCCAACACUAGCGCUGCUGGGUCAGUGGUUGUUGACAUGAAGAAAGGUCAAGAACUUUACUUUCAAGUGUUUCUCGCAGAUCAAGGCGCAACGUUAUCCUGGCCUAGUAGUUGUACAAUUGUUAGUUUAUAAAAGUACAACACAAAACGUGGCGGCUAAUAAAUUCUCAAAACAAUAAAAUAUAUAACCAACAUGUUAAACAGACGCUACGAACUUAGUAUGUGUGUAGAAUAACAUGUAUACACAAAUUUUAAUGGUUUAUAAUAUGUUGUUUGUUUAGUCAUCAUUACAAAACUCCAGUGU